AUGGAGAACGAACGCGGUGACCUCGUCGACCUUUACGUCCCCCGCAAAUGCUCCGCCACCAACCGCAUCAUCAAAGCCAAGGACCACGCCUCCGUGCAACUCAGCGUCGCCAAAGUCGACGAGAACGGCCGCUACACCGGCGAGAACCACGUCUAUGCGCUCUGCGGCUUCGUCCGCAGCAUGGGCGAGAGCGAUGACUCGCUCAACCGUCUGGCCCAGCGCGAUGGAUUCUUGAAGAACGUCUGGAGCGCCAGCCGAUAA